AUGUCCGAGAAUACGCCUCAACCUAUUACCCCGUCGCCAAGAACCCACAAAGAUUACACCGUAGGAUGGGUAUGCGCGCUUCCUCUGGAACGAACAGCAGCGGUAGCAAUGCUUGAUUUUCAGCACCCUCGUCUCGAAAUACCAGCGGCCGACAGGAACGCCUAUACCCUAGGAUCCAUCGGUGAACAUAACAUUGUUAUAGCUUGUUUACCUAAAGGUAUGAUUGGUAAUAACAAUGCUGCGGCGGUAGCUACGCAGAUGGUCAUGACUUUUACGAAUGUUAAAUUUGGGUUCAUGGUUGGUAUCGGUGGGGGUAUCCCGCCUGCAGUUAGACUCGGCGAUGUGGUAGUAGGUACACCGGGAGAUGGGUAUCCUGGUGUCGUCCAAUGGGAUAUGGGUAAAGCGGUCCAAGGAGGCGGCUUUCAGAGGACUGGGGCGCUGGAUAACCCUCCGCGUUCGCUCCUAGCAGCAUUAACAGAAUUGGAGACUGCAUACGAUCUAAACAGCGGCUCCAAAAUACCACAAUAUCUCGCUGAGUUGGAAGCAAAACAACCUAAUCUGGCGAAAAAGUUUUUACGAAACGAAUCGAUGAAAGAUAUAGCCUUUAAAGCAACUGCUAGCCAUCUUAGCAAAAGCGAUGUAAUAUCCCAAACACUCAUCGGAGAGGACGUCGACGAUGACGAGGAGGAAGACGAGGAAGAAGAAGAAGACCAAAUAGAUGACUGCAGAUACUGCGAUAAGACAAAGAUUUUCAGAGAAAAUAACAGAGACAUGCGGGUUCAUUUCGGUUUGAUCGCAUCUGGAAACCAAGUUAUCAAAGAUGCUGCGUUUCGAACCAAGAUAAAUAAAGAACUUUGCAAGAAGGUUCUUUGUUUUGAAAUGGAGGCAGCCGGCUUGAUAAAUGUUUUCCCCUGCCUUGUCAUUCGCGGUAUCUGUGAUUAUGCGGAUUCACAUAAGAACAAAAUCUGGCAGCCGCAUGCGGCCAUCGUCGCUGCCGCAUUUACCAAGGAACUUCUAGGAUAUGUUCAGGGAGUGGACGUGAAACUGGAAAAUUCGGCGAUGGAUUUGAUCUCUGGGAUUGGAGACCAAAUAUAUGAAGCUCGGGCCGAUAUCAAAUUAAUACAUUCCAAUAUGGACAAAGAGGAGAAUCGCCAAAUCAUCUCUUGGCUUACGGGGACCGAUUAUGAGUCGAUUCACGCUGACUACAGGAAGAAAAGGAUGAGUGGAACGGGCGAAUGGAUCACAGAUUCAACAGAGUUUCUGGAAUGGCUUCGGGGUGAUAAACAGACACUUUUUUGCACAGGCCGCCCAGGGGCAGGUAAAACGAUCAUUACGACAAUUGUCAUCGACUGGCUUCAAGAGGUAAUGCCUCACGAGGACAACGGCGAUAUAGGAAUUGCGCAUAUCUAUUUCAACUAUAAGCGUCACGGCGGAGAAACAGUUGAAACUAUAAUCGCGAAUCUCUUAGGACAGCUGAGUCGGAGGCUAUCUUCCAUGCCGAGUAGUGUCAGAGAUCUCUAUGAGCGUGACGCAAAAGGUCAAAACCCAAAAAUAGAACAAUACUUGGAAGCACUAUCAUCUGUUGCCGCUUUGUACUCGAAAGUCCUCAUUCUCGUUGAUGCACUUGAUGAGUGUCAUCUCGGCGAGCGACGGCGAUUUUUGACCCAGAUCUUCAAUUUCCAGACGAAGAGCGGCGCAAAUUUGUUUAUGACCUCAAGAGACAUCCCUGAUAUCAAUGAGUACUUCGGAGAAAGCUUAAAGCUAGAGAUUUCCGGACGGGAAGAAGACUUGCAAAAAUAUAUGGAAGGGAGCCUGCCUGAUUUACCAAGGAUUUUGAGCCAAAAGCCGGAACUCUGGGAACAAAUUCAGCGCAAGACUUUGAAAGCCGCUGACGGAAUAUUCUUACUUGUAGCUCUGCGUUUUGAAUAUCUUAGGAACUUGGUUACCGAAAACGAAAUCCUUGAGGUCUUAAAGAAGGGCCCAGGGACGGGAUCCGACAGCGUGUAUCAUGAGGCAUACGACCAAAUUAUGACUAGGAUUCAAGGCCAACAUAAACAUUCAUUUUCGCGUGCAAGAGGCCUUUUAUCUUGGCUAACCGGCUCAAAGCAACAACUUACCACACAAGAGCUUCGUCACGCUCCUGCCGUUCAAGUCGGACAAUCGCAGUUCGACGAAAAAGAUAUUCCUGAUUUGGGAAGGGUGGUAUCAUUCUGUUGUGGAUUAGUUGCCUUUGAUGAAGACAGUGACAUUAUUCGCUUAGUCCAUUAUACAGCGCAGGAUUACUUGAUGGAAAAUCAAAGCGAGUGGCUACCAAAUAUGGAAACCGAAAUCGCAGAGAGUUGUGUCACUUAUCUAUCAUAUGAAGUUUUUAGAACAGGUGCACGUAAUGCCGGGGGUACUUUUCAUGAAAGACUUCGAUCUAACCCUCUGUAUGAGUAUGCUUCGGCAAACUGGGGAUACCAUGUUAACGCGGCUGCUAUCGGGGGUAAGUCGUUGGUAAUGGGUUUUCUUGAGAGUGAAGGGGCAGUGUCGGCCUCCGUCCAAUGUUUGUUUUAUAGCAAGAUGUAUAUAUCACCUCCUAUUAGUCCCGGUUGGAUAUGGAUUCAUCUCUGUGCAUUUUUCGGAAUUCAGGAACCAUUAACAGCGGUGGAUCUUGCGGUGGUGAGGGCUAAUAUGGAGAUAAUAUCUACCGUAGGCGGUCGAACACCACUGUCAUGGGCGGUCGAGAAGGGACACGAGGCGGUGGCACGGCUACUGAUAAACGCAGGGGCCGAAAUCGAAACGAAGGAUGGCCGAGAUCUGACACCAUUAUUACGGGCGGCUAAGAAGGGACAUCAGGCGGUGGUACGACUGUUGAUAGAGGCGGGAGCCGAAACCGAAACGGAAGAUAGCAAAGGUCUGACACCACUUUCAUGGGCGGCCGAGAAUGGAGAUAAAACGACGGUAGAAUUGUUGCUAGCCGCGAAAGCCGAAAUCGAAACGAAGGAUGGCCGAGGUCUGACACCAUUAUUACGGGCGGCUAAGAAGGGACAUCAGGCGGUGGUACGACUGUUGAUAGAGGCGGGAGCCGAGAUCGAGACCAAAAGUAUGGAUGAUCGAACACCAUUAUCAUGGGCAGCUGAAGCGGGACAUGAGGCGGUGGUACGACUGUUGUUGGAUGCAGGGGCCAACGUAAAGACCACAGAUAAGUACGGCCUGACACCACUGUCAUGGGCAGCUGAGGAGGAACAUGGAUCGGUGGCGAAGCUGCUGUUAGAUGCGGGAGCUCCUAAGGUGGAUACCUACGAUCCAAACCAAUUCUUCGACCCGGCAGGGGAGAGGGCGGUGGCGGCAAAAGAUAUACAGAUAGAAAAGCUACGAUAUGACCUUCAGUCUAUCAAAUACAAGAAGUUCCAGUACCCACCGGAGGGAUCGUUUCGGAGUCUAACCCUGGAGAGACGAGAGUUGUGGGAACGGUCGCUCUUGCCGGGACAGCAGAAGCUAACGGGGGAGGGAACACUUCAGGCAGUAUUAUCAAAAAAGGACUUGGAGAUAGAAAGGCUACGAGAUAAAAGAGAGAGAAUCAAACCGCCCGGAUACGAAACGAGGCUGCGAAUAUGGCAGCAAAGGCAGGAGCAGCAGGCAGUUAUGAUGUACUAA